AUGCUCCGCUCAUCAAUCACCCGUCCUCUAACCCGCUCCCUCCUCUGCCAAUCUCCCGCCCAAUUCCUCUGGUAACCCCCCCAGCCCUCCCUCCAACCCCAACUAACACCCCCAACAGCCCGUUCCCCCCACUCCUCCACCAAAAACCCUUCACCACAACCCCCCGCCCGCUAAAGAAAGCCGCAGCAAAGUCUUCAAAAGCGCACCCCUACGGCGAGAAUGCGCAGGAAAAAACGCGCGACUCCCCCUUCGACUACGCCGCGCACUUCGAAUCCCUAGAGACCCAAUGCGUCGCACACAUCGACAAGCUAAAGACCGACAUCGCGAAGCUGCGCGCCGGCGGACGCAACGAUCCCGGUAUUUUAGAGAACAUUCAAGUCGUGUUAGACAAGUCCAACGGCGCGAGUGCUUCGCUGCGGGACAUAGCGCACGUACUGCCGAAGGGGCGGUCGUUGGUUGUUAGUGUUUAUGAAGCCGCGGUGAGUUUAUUCGGUCGGGUGAAGCUAAGAGUGGAGGGGGAGGGGGAAGUGCUGAUAAGGAUGGGUGGGUAGAACGUCAAGCAUGUCAUAGCGGCGAUACAGAAAACGGAUCUGAACGUUCAGCCGGUGCCUGAUCCAAAGAAUGCGCAGUUGAUUAAUGUCCCGUUGCCCCCGCCGACGAAGGAGACCAGGAUAGAGGUUGCAAAUAUGGUGAGCAAGGCGGGGGAGAAGGCGAUGAAUUUAUUGAGGUCGGCGAGGCAGGACUCACAUAAGCUGAUUAAGGGGCUCAAGAAGGAGCGGCCUGAUGAUAUCCGGAAGGCGGAUAAGCAGCUGGACGCUGUCAUGAAGAAAGUUAACGCUGAGGCGAAAAAAGUGAUAGAUGACGCUAAAAAGGGAGCCUUGGAGAAUUGAUUAAGCAGUAAGGUUGGUGCAACUGGAGAUAUCCCAGGACCAACAUAUGUCUAUCUAGAUACAAAAGGUUGCUCAAGUUUUAGAAAAAAGGGUGGUAAAAAAAAAUACAAAUGAGUUUUUGGUUUUUCGCCCAUACGACCGUUGAUCUGGGUAAAUACCCACACAGAUCCCUCCUUCCUCCCCCACCCGAAGAACGUAGCACCACGAUCCAUUUUAAUCAAUUCCCUUCCCCAGCCGAAAUCCCCUCCACCUGGCCAGGCGGAGGAGGAAUCAACUCAAUCGGUACAUUCCUCUUGACCGCCGCAAACAGCUUCCCUUUCACCUUAUCCGUAUAUGACCCAUUAACUGUUAUAAGCCUAUGCACCUCCCUGUACGGCCCGACAUCACUAGCGGGAUCAUCAUACUCUCCGGCAACAACCUCCUUCGCUGCCCUCUCUCGCCGAUCCCGAUACUCCUGCCACCUAGCCGCGGACCACCCCUUGGUAUUUUCAGUGACAGGCACUCUAUCCAGCAACCCGCUAGA